AUGUCAUUCAGCCUCAUUAGCUUUGUGUACGUGACCUCGCUCAGAGCAGUGGACCUGUCUGUUCUCAGCGGUGGACAAACCAAGGGGUUUGAAGUCGCUUUGGUGACCGUUAUCUCGUCCCUGCUGGUCGGGUGUCUGGGACACUUCAUCUAUUUAUUUAACUAUAAAUACAGGCUGGCCAUGGCCAUGGAGUACAGGGCUGAAGGAUAUGUGAAAGAGUUCACACGCCACUCCACUGACGUGCUGCUGAACCUCAAUGAACUGCGGCACCGCAACAUUCUGACUGAUGCCACUCUCGUGGUGGGCAGCCAUCAUCUGCAGGCACACUGUGCUGUGCUCGUGGCCUGCAGUGGUUUCUUCUACUCGUUGUACUCUGGCCGCGUGUUCCUUCACAGUGGCAGCAGGGAGCCUCUCCUCUCUGUGUCUCUGCCCAAUUCUCUGGACCCCUCCAGUGUCUCCCUGCUCUUGGACUUCAUGUACACUUCGCGCCUCCCUCUGACUCCUAGCAUUGCACCUGGUGUGCUGGCAGUCGCAACCUAUCUGCAGAUGGACCAUGUGGCUGAAACCUGCAGAGAGUUCAUUCUGCACUGCAAGGAGAGUCUGGCCAGUAGACAACCCAACCUGGAGCCAGUCUCCCGGGGGUUCAUGACCUUGGCUCAAAAAGGAGAUGAGCCGCUUCCAGGAUUGCAGCUGCAGCUCCCAGUGUCAGGACCCAUAAGAAUCCAAAUGGAGGGUGGCAACGCCAUUAAACCUGGGGUUUCUCCAACAAGUCCAUCUGAGUUGAAAGCGCCAAAUAGAUAUACAGACACGCUCCUGUCACCAGACAGCCCUGCACGCUCCAGCUGUCAGCCCAGCUCUCCUGCUGAAUCCAACACCUGCAACAAGAGCUUUGUGAGUGAUUCAAAAGCUAACCUUGAUGCAAAAGCUUGCAAUUGGAAAAAGUAUAAAUACAUAAUUCUCAAUCCUCUUCUGAGUGAAACUGCUGUUAAAGAAGAGGAACAAUUCCCUGCUGCAGAUAACACUCCCCCAAACACUAAAGCCAAUGUGGGGGUGUGGCCUGGAGAAGUGCCCGGUCAGAUGAAUAGACAGGGGCGGGCCUCCUGCUACGGGGGUUCUGGCCGAGCCCCUCCCCUUGGACCACCGACCUCUGCACUGCUCACAGCUUUCACACAGGCAUCAGCAGGUGUUGAAAGCCAUACCCCAAUCAAGACAGAAAAGUCGUGUGUGUCUUAUUGCUACUCUGGAAACGCUGGAGCAACAAAGACAUGCUCAGGUGAAAGGCCAUAUCGGUGUGAUGUGUGUGGAGCCCAGUUUAACCGUCCGGCAAACCUAAAAACACACGCUCGCAUCCACUCUGGAGAGAAGCCCUACAGAUGUGACACCUGCGGGGCCCGCUUUGUGCAGGUUGCCCACCUCAGGGCCCACGUCCUGAUCCACACGGGGGAGAAACCGUACCCCUGUCACACCUGCGGCACUCGCUUCCGUCACCUGCAGACCCUGAAGAGUCACUUGAGGAUUCACACUGGAGAGAAACCAUACUCUUGUGAGAAGUGUGAUCUGCAUUUCCGACACAAGAGCCAGCUUCGUCUUCAUCUUCGUCAAAAACAUGGAGCUGUCACCAACACGAAGAUCCGCUACCAGGUCCUGCCAGAGGGCUACCAACCUCUCCUGCAGACCUGCUGA